AUGAAGUACCAACGCCUCACCUCUCUGGGAGUGACUGCUUUGAGCGCAGCAGCCUCAGUGUCUGCUGUCCCUUUCGUCCAGCGAGAGGCUGUCUCCCAGUGUCCUUCUGGCUACUCCAUGAGUGUCUAUUACAUUACUGUUGCUGCCGAACCGACGCCUUCCUCGACUUCAUCGGUAGGCUUGACCACGACUCUGUACUCUACUUCUACAGUCACUCUGUAUUCGAUUGUUCACCCAGAGACACCAGCUCAGAUCAUCACAUCUUCAUCUGCUCAAAGCACUGUUGAUGUAACAUCGAGCGUUGUCUCAGAGGCAUCUCCUGUAUACACAAGCUCUUCUACAGUUGAGACUGCCUCGACCACUACCACACAAGCACCUACUAUCGUGCCGUCUCCUGAGACUGGGACUACUCUCACUACUGCUGCCCCAACCACAACCUCUUCUUCUGAGCCCCAGCCUACAAGCACAUCUAUGACAUCCACCAUUGUGCCCCCAGCUGAACCCUCGACUACUACUUCAUCCACUAUCACCCCUGCUGCUGCUCCCACGACAUCGUCUGAGUCGCAGCCGACAAGCUCGAGCACCAGCACGAGCACUGUUGCGACCACAACAUCUUCUGCCUCUAGCUCUUCCCAAACUUCUAGCGUCUCAGGAGAAGCCACAUACUAUGAAGGCGAUGUCUCUGCUGGAACCUGCUCGUUCAGCGGCUACACCCUCCCCUCCAACGUCUUCGGUACUGCACUCUCAGUAGACCAAUGGGACACCGCUGCAUCAUGCGGCGCAUGUGUCUCCAUUACAGGACCGAGCGGAAACUCCAUCAAAGCCAUGAUCGUCGACCAAUGCCCCUCAUGCGACUCCAACCACUUCGACCUCUUCCAAGACGCCUUCUCCGAACUAGCCGAGAUCUCUACCGGCGUCAUCGACAUCGACUGGUCCUACGUCUCCUGCGACAUCGACUCCCCCCUCACCCUCAAGAACAAAGACGGUACCUCCGAGUACUGGUUCGCCAUGCAGGUCGUCAACGCCAAUGAACCCGUCACAUCGCUGGAGGUCAGCACAGAUGGCGGUAGUACCUGGCAAUCUACCACUAGGACGUACUACAACUACUUCGAGCAGAGCUCUGGGUUCGGAACUGAUACUGUUGAUGUGAGGGUUACCGGAAAGUCUGGGAAGACUGUUACGGUGGAGAAUGUUAGUUGUGCUUCUGAGUCUUCUGUAACGGCUUCGUCGAACUUGUAG